UACUACUUAUUCAUAUUCGUGUAUGUAUGCUCGGUGUCUCGGCCAUUAGGUGGUAGCAUCGUGCAACAGCAAACAGCGCAAGUCUUCUCUUGCACGACCCGGUACUAAUGCUGUGAGUGACGUCUGUACUUCCUCUUUGCUCCUGCGCCGCGAGGGCAACCAUGGUGAACGUACCGAAGACCCGCAGGACCUACUGCAAGAAAUGCAAGAAGCAUCAGCCACAUAAAGUGACCCAGUACAAGAAGGGCAAAGACUCUCUGUACGCCCAGGGAAAGAGGCGUUACGACAGAAAGCAGAGUGGUUAUGGAGGACAAACGAAGCCUAUUUUCCGAAAAAAGGCUAAAACCACAAAGAAGAUCGUGCUGAGGCUGGAGUGCGUAGAGCCCAACUGCCGCUCAAAGAGAAUGUUGGCUAUUAAGAGAUGCAAACACUUUGAGCUGGGAGGAGACAAGAAGAGAAAGGGCCAGGUCAUCCAGUUCUAAGCUGGGCCAAAUGCUUCAUUUGUGGUUGAUUUUGUCAAUAAAAGACGUUAUACAGUUA